AAGGCCCCGCCCCGCUGAGCUUCCGGGUGAGCCGGUGGCUCCGUGCGGGCGGCGGCGCCAUGAAGCUGACGCGGCAGAAGCAUGCCAAGAAGAACAUGGGCUUCUACAAGAACAACUUCAGCUUCCGCGAGCCGUUCCAGGUGCUGCUGGACGGCACCUUCUGCCAGGCCGCGCUCCGCAACAAGAUCCAGAUCCGCGAGCAGCUGCCGGGCUACCUCGGCGGCGCCGUGCAGCUCUGCACCACACGAUGUGUUCUAAAAGAACUGCAGUCAUUGGGAAAAGCUCUUUAUGGAGCAAAAUUAAUUGCCCAAAGUUUUCAAGUUCGAAACUGUUCUCACCACAAGGAUCCUGUCAGUGGUUCGGGCUGUUUACUUUCCAUGAUUGAAGAAGGCAACCCUCAUCACUUCUUUAUUGCUACACAGGACCAGGAUUUAGCAAACAAGGUGAAAAAGAAGGCUGGCGUUCCUCUCCUCUUUAUUAUUCAGAACACCAUGGUGCUAGACAAACCUUCUACUAAAUCUUUGGCAGUUGUUCAAAAGUUGCAGACCAAUCAGCUUGUUCCAGAGCACCAAAAACAAAGUAUUGUGCAGCUUAAAGAGCAAGAAGGACUAGCAAAGCAAGGGGGUGAAAAGAGAAGAAAACGUAAAAGGGCAGGCGGCCCGAAUCCCCUCAGCUGUCUGAAGAAGAAAAAGAAGAAAACACAGGAGGGUCAGGAGCCUUCUUCUGAGAAGAAGAAAAGAAGAAAAAGAAAACGAAAUAGAGUUAAAGCAGAAGCUGUGCAGUCAGUGCAGAAGAAUGAAGAAGAGUAACCCCAGCUUUGUAAACAAUGCAGGACUUGAACCUUGUUUGAACUUUGCAAAAAGAAAGGUUAAUAUGCACUCAUGUGAAAUUAAGUUGUGAAUAUUAAAACUUAUUUUUAU